AUGUCAAAGUCAAAAUAGUGCUGUCCAUUCUUCAUAUGAGGCUAAUAUAAUCGAUUAAAGCAAUUGAAUAAUCUGGCUGGCUUGUACUUCAUUAAAUAAAGGAAGGGAUCCGGAUGGUUACUUGAAUAAAUUGAUUGACCCUUUUUGAAAUCAAUAAAUUUUUCAGCAUCUAACCAACUUCCUAAGUAAAUUGCAGCUAAUAGCAAAACGGCAUAACGUUACUUUAGUAAAAGGCAUAUUGUUUGUUGACUUUCCCUAAUCGCACCGUGCCCUUUUUUCAGAAAAAGUUUUUGUUGACACUUUUUGACACUGACAGAUCAAAAAUCUGUCAAAACUGCAGUGGCUGCUCGUUUGUGUGUGUGUUUGCAUUUUAUUAAUUUCGCUAAAUUCGCGUUUUGGAAUCGUUCCAAAAGUGAAUUGUUUACUUCUGUUGACCCGAUAAACCCUAAAGCACCCGUGUUUCUUUGUUUCGAGUGUUAUUUCGGCGCUGGGCCUCGUCGAACCAGUUUGUGCAAAGUGCAUUGGAUAUAGAUUUUUGUCUGUUUCAUAAAAUGGAGACUGUUCAGAAUGAAGGGGAAAACAACAAGGAACUGGACGACAGUGGUGUCCAGGACGUGGGCAAGCAGGCGGAGCAGGAAGAGGACAGGCCGCCAGAGCUGCUAGAUCUCUCUGAUGAUGUCUUGCUGGGCAUACUCAAGUUCUGUUCUCCGAUGGAUCUCAAGGCGUUGGGAUAUACAUGUCCCCGUCUCGGCCGUCUCAUCCGCGACCGUACGCUUUGGAUACACGUCGACGCGCGCCAACAACCGACCGGGACAGCUCGAAUGCGCUGGCUGUUAGCUCACGCGCUCGGAAGAAAUACUGUUGAGCUCAAGCUCAGCGGGUACGCCAAGGCUUCUAGAGGGUGAGUGAGCUAUUAUAGUACAAGUGAGCUACCACAGACGAGUGAGCUACUACAGGAUGCGUGAGCUACUACAGGACGAGUGAGCUACAACAGGACGAGUGUGCUACUACAGGACGAGUGAGUUACUACAGGACGAGUGAGCUACUAUAGGACGAGUGAGCUACUACAGGACGAGUGAGUUACUACAGGACGAGUGAGCUACUAUAGGACGAGUGAGCUACUAUAGGACGAGUGAGCUACAACAGAACGAGUGUGCUACCACAGGACGCGCGCUGACAACCGACCGAGAGAGCCUUCUAGCUCAUGCGCUCGGACGAAACACUGUUGAGCUCAAGCUCAGCAGGUACGCCAAGGCUGCUAAGGGGUGAGUGAGCUACUGAGCUACUGCAAGACGAGUGAGUGAGCUACUGCAG